AUGUUAACACGGCUAACUGGAAAGGGAAAGAAGAAGAGUGAUGCUAAUCCAACACAAGAGCCACCCAAGAAACCAAGGACGAAGAUGAGUGCCAGCAAGGGGCAAUCUUCGCGGUCUGCUCAAGCAUCUCCUCCUCGCCGGAGCAAUGUUACUCGGCCACAGAUGUGGGCUAGGGAAUUCUUUGCAAAUGCCUAUUUACCGGAUCAACCACUGUUUCCGGAUUAUACUUCUGUGGUUAGGGGUGUUAAGGUGAGUUAUUCUUUUGAAACUAUAAACAAUCUGCUUGGUUGUGCUGCGGGAGGCGUGUGUGAACUCUUGCGUGAUAGAGAGAGGAUCGACAAGAGUGGGAUCGAAGUUAGGGAGGAACUGAAGAGUAUAGUGUGUCGACCGGGAGCAAUGUGGCUAGCCCACUCACCAGCUUCUCUCCCUAGAAGGUUGAGCUUAACAAGUUUUAAUCCGGUUCACCGAGCUUGGGGUGAAUUUUGGUUGAAAAAUGUGAGGGUUGUUGGCAACAAUUCAGAGAUUCAGCUUGAUAAUGCGCACGCGGUCCGAUUGUUGGUUGAAGGGAAGUAUAUUAAUCUUGGGUAUUGGUUACAAAAAGAUCUUCAUGAAAUAGCCAAUCAUCCGAAUCCUACUUUUACUUUGGGACAUUGUAAUCUCAUCGCUGCUUUGUGUAGGGCGAAUAAUGUUCCAAUGAAUGUACAAGAAGGUGACCUUCAUCCCGUCCGUCCACUGUCCUUAUCAUACUUCAUCAAAAAGUUUGAGAGAGGUCCUAUUGUGCCCCGAGGUGAGGGGAAUGCUGCAAGAGAGGAAGCUUUGAGGGAGGAGGAAGAAAUUAAUCGGUUUGAAGAAGUGGUACUAGGGUGUGCAUUACUGCUACUUCGAAUUGAUUUGAAAAAAGAAAUGAACCGAUUGGUUACAAAUCGAGAUCUUGUGCUUGAUAAAGUCGAAACAACUCAUAAAAAAACUGAAAAGGUUAUCGAUGUUGUGUUUGAGUGGCUAAAUGAAACAGAGUUACUCAUACAACAGUUGGAGAAUCUGGAUGCACAAGAGAUACCAAGAAAACAAUUUAAAAGAUUGGUGAAAAAAGUAAUGGCACAGAACACGAAAUUACUUGAACCAUUUUCAACUCCAAUUCCAAGUUUAGAACACUUCUCUUCAGGAAAUAUUGUGUGUUUUAAGUCUAGAGAGAAGGCAUCCGAUCAACUUUUCGAUGCGCUGCAAGAUGAAAGUUGUUCUACGAUUGGAUUGUAUGGUAGAGAGGGCUCUGGUAAAACAACAUUGGUGAAAGCAAUGGGCGACAAAGUUAAGUAUUUAGAGAUUUUUCAUGAGGUUUUAUUUGUCAAGGUACCUCAAAAUACAAAUAUAAGAACAAUGCAAGAUGAAAUUGCCGAGUUAUUAAAUAUGAAAUUUGAUAAAGACAGUGAAGCUGGAAGAGCCAUAAAAAUAUUGUCAACAAUACAAGGUAUGAAUCGUAAAAUUCUAGUGAUUUUUGAUGAUGUUCGAGCAAAAUUUGACCCAGAGGAUAUAGGCAUUCCUUGUGAUGAUAAUUCCUGCAAGAUUCUUUUAACCACUUGUUGCCGACAAGAUUGUGAAUUGAUGUCAUGUCAAAGGGAGAUUCAACUUGAUCCCUUAUCUAGAGAGGAAGCUAGGAGUUUGUUCAUGAAACAUUCAGGCAUUCGUGAUGAUGAGGAUAACUCCUCCUCAUUCGACUUAUUGAAUGUGGCACGUGAAGCUGCUUUUGAAUGUGAAGGGUUACCUAGAACAAUUAAAGAGGUGGGAUCUUUCUUAAGAAGUAAACCAAUUGAAGAAUGGAAAACCACGCUAGGUAGUCUGAAACAUACAAUGGCCAAAUGGCAAAUUUUUCUCAGUUUUAGAGGAGAGGAUACACGUUACUCUUUUACGGGUUCUCUUUAUCAAGCUUUAUCUCAAGCGGGAUUCAAGACCUUCAUGGAUGAUGGAGGACUGCAUACUGGAGACCAAAUUUCACCCUCUCUUAUAAAUGCAAUUGAAGCAUCAAGGCUUUCGAUUAUUGUUUUAUCUGAAAAUUAUGCAAGCUCCUUGUGGUCUCUUGAAGAACUUGUCAAGAUUAUGGAGUGUAUGAAAUUGAAGAAUCAAAUAGUUUGGCCAAUCUUUUACAAAGUGGACCCAUCAGACAUAAGACACUUGAGAAAAUGUUAUGGCGAAGGCAUGGCUCGCCAUGAAAAUAAUUAUGGAAUUAACUCAGAGAAAGUACUAAAAUGGAAGUUAGCUUUAUUUGAAGUGUCUAAUUUGUCCGGAAAAACUUAUAAAACCGGGUAUGAACAUGAAUUUAUUCAAAAGAUCGUAGAAGAUGCCAAUCUUAUUAAAAGUUGUUUGCAAAUUGAUAACUCUCGUUAUUACGCACAUUAGUAUCCAUUUUUAAUGGAAUUUUAACAAGAAAAGUCUAGUUUUUGAGCUUAGAAUAAAAGAAAUUGCAUAAGGAUAUGAGAUUACUUGGUUUGGAAAAAAUCUAGAGAAAGUUGGAAAAUUGAAGCAGGAAGCCGCGCCUGGCGCGGGA